AUGAAGAGUUUGUCUCGUGGUCACCUUCUAUCGGGACUGACCAAUGUACUGAGACUUCCUGGUUACUUUACAUUAGAGGCAUGGCUUCUGUCCAGCUCAGAGAAAACAACGUUACAGCAAAUUGUAACCGCGAUAGCACUUAUCCUGGCAGCAGCAUUGAUACUCCUCCAAAACGGGCACCUGUUCCUCCUGUACAAGUCCUUGAUUGGAGGAUUUCUUCUUCUGGUGAUGUAUUUCUACGCUUUAGCCAUUAUGGACUGGAUAGCUGAUAGUAUAGAAACCAAUGACCUCGAUAUUAUCAAGACUUACGUCGCCCUCUAUGCCAUUGGACUUCUAGUUGUGUAUUUAUUCCGACACAGGAGAUUAAGGAACUCUUUUUUACUGGCUUAUACACUAAUUACAGUCACCAAACACCUUGGCUUUCGUUUCACUAUCAGUCAAUAUACUCGGUAUUGUUUAAAUGGGUUGAUACUUUCUCACCUAAUCCCUCUUGCAGUUGAUGUUUUCUACCUUGUCAUCAAAAUACUGACAAAUAAGCUUAAGACAUGGGUAUAUUUAGCAAAGAAUUCUUGUAUACCUGAUCUAUAUCAUUUUAUAAAGUCUUUUGUGGAUUCUAUUGUUUUACCAUCACAGCUUUUUUUGUUUUCAAUGGUUUCCUUUAUAUUUAAUAUUUGUUACUAUAUGACAUGGCCGGUUGAUGCAAAAGUUACCCUGUCUCAGUUAGGAUGGGUUAAGUUUUUGUCUUUGUGUGCUGGGGAAUGCUACAAAACUCCUCUUGGUCUUGUGGCCACGAGUAUCGCAAUCUCGUAUGUAUUUUACUACCUCAAUGCUAUGGUAAAUGUUUAUCUUUAUGGUUUGAGGAAAUAUUCCACUAGAGAUGAUUAUGUAAACGGCUGGGUGGAGGGACUAGUAGUGUUUCUGAUAAGUAUCAGAUCUGGGAUUUUAACUACCUACAACGCCAUGGAAUACAAGGUUUUACUAAAAAGAGCAUUUGUUAUUAGAAUUACGCUUCUAUUCGCUGUGGCGGUGUUCCUUAAUGGUACGUAUGAAAAAUAUGAUUCUGUUAUCUUGUCAUUUAGUACAUCACUGACAGCAAAACUAUUCAAACACUUUCGCGCUCUCCUACUGUAUUUUCUUCUCAUGAUAUGUUCUCUCAGCGUUGCUUUCACAAUUAGUCAGCUCGUUCAUAUAUCCGUUGGCAUCCCAGUAAUAAUCAUUUGCUUAUCAACCAGUCUCCAAGUGCUGGCUUCUAUUGCAACUUAUGGGCUGUUUCUGUAUGACGGUGCUCGAUCAUGUCCUUUAGAAAAUCUGGAAGAUUCCGUGUACUAUAUCAGAUCUACGGUCAGAGUAAUUGAUUUUCUGGGUUCUGUUAUCCUAGCCUGCACUGGUGUAUGGGUCAUCAAAACAGAGGGAUUAAGUUGGAUUCAGACACCAAUGCUGAUUUUGCACUGUUUUGUCAAUGUUUGGCAGCGGUUACAAUAUGGAUGGAAAAGUUUCCUUCAGAGAAGAGAAGCUAUGAGAAAAGUUGAUUCUUUGGCCUCUGCAACAAAGAAAAAAAUCAAUGACCAUGAUGAUGUGUGCCCAGUCUGUUUUCAUAUUAUGUCAUCAGCAAAGAUUACGCCCUGUGGUCAUUUCUACCACAGGGCAUGUUUAAAGAAGUGGUCAUACAUUAGGGAUUCCUGUCCCCUUUGUUCUCGGAAGAUCUUUUUCCAGUAA